ACAGCAAGAGAGACCAAAGUCCACUUGGUGAUCGUCCCAUGAUGAGUGAUCUGGAGAUUGUCCUGGUGGGGAACAAUGCCUCAGAAAACAACAGUGUGGGAAACAUCAUCUUAAAUAAAAAUGUGUUUGGAAAGAAAACACUACAGCCUGAUGUGGAGACGUUCUGUGAAAGAGUGGAGAGAAGAAACAUCACAGUCAUCAACACGACUCACCUGCUCAACCCACAACCCAAACUACAAACAGUGAUAAAGAAAGUGUCAGAGUGUUCUCGUCCAGAAGCUCUUGCGAUCAUACUGGUGCUGCAGCACAAAGAUUUCAGUGAGAAGCAUAGAGAUAUAUUACCUGCUGUGUUGAACUGCUUUGGAGAACAUGCAAUGAAGCGCACAAUGAUUCUGACUACUGAUGAUGAGAAACACACCAUUAAACCAAAAUCUGUAAAAGAAAAUAAAUUUAUUCAAGAAUUAUCUACAGAAUGUGGAGGAGGACAUCUUCAGCUUCAAAACACACAAUGCUCUCAAAUACUUCAAAAAGUGGAUGAAAUAAUCACUUGCAGUGGUUUUAAGGACACAAAGCAGGCCUCAUCAGUGGAUGAAGACAGAAGAUCUGAGCAUUCAAUCAUACUGAAAGAGAGAGCAGCAGAUUCUGAGUACAAACCGCUUGGAAAACAUAGUUAUUGGAAACAUUAUGCACCAAAUGUAAUUUCAACGUCUGAAAAACAAAAGCUGAUCUUAGUACUGUGUGGAUGUGAUACAAUGCUGAAAACUUCCAUGUCAGAACUAUUACUGGGUGAAAAUGCAAGUAUAUCAGUUCAGCAAGAGUCCAGAUCUGUACGUGUGUGGAGAGAUGUGGAGCUUCAUGGACGUCUGAUCAGUCUGCUGGAGCUUCCAGCUCUGUUCAACACUCGUCUAUCAGAGGAGGAAGUGAUGUGUCAGAUUCUCCGCUGUGUUUCUCUCUGUCAUCCUGGAGUUCAUGUUUUCCUCCUCAUUAUUAAUGGUGGUCGACUUAGUAAUGACGACAUAGUAGAAAUAGAGAAGAUCCAAAAAAUAUUUGACUCCAGAAGGCAUUUCAUACUGCUCUUCACCACUGAUCUCCCUGAUGAUGCACCAGUGACAGAUUUAGUCAAAUCCAAUCCAGAAUGUCAGAGGUUAAUCAGUCUCUGUGGAGGUCAGUACAAAGUGAUGGGGUUAAAUAAACCUGAAAACUCAAGUCAGAUCCCAGAUCUACUGGAUUAUAUAGAGAACAUGUACACUGAACCAUAUUCACUUCAGAUGUAUGUGAAAGCUCAAGAGAACAGAGCCAGACAUGAGACAGAGGAGAAAUAUGAAGAGAAGCUUAAGAGAAUGGAGUGUGAAAUUGAUGGGUUAAAGCAGAAGCUUCAGUCUGAGAGAAGCAUAAAGACUACUAGAAAGCUGAACUUGGUGCUUUGUGGACGUGAUGCAUUAUUGAAGACCUCCAUAUCCAGACUUAUAAAAGAGAAGACAGACAUGAAGCUUUAUCCACAUCUGAUACAUAUUGUGGAGCUUCCAGCUCUGUGCAAUACUGGGUUUUCAGAGGAGCAAGUGAUGCAUCACAGUUUUUGGUGUGUGUCUCUCUGUGAUCCUGGAGUUCAUGUUUUCCUCUUCGUUAUACCUGAUGCUCAACUGACUGAUGAAGACAAAGCAGAAAUGGAGGCAAUCCAGAGGAUAUUCAGCUCAAGAAUCAACAAACACAUCAUGAUCCUCAUAAGCCAAGAGAAGAACAUGAUUAGUCAUAUGAAUGCACUUCCUUCUUCAGCUACUGAGAUGCCUAUUCAGAUGUUUGAAGGUCGACGGUUUGUUUUGCAGAACGAUUCACAGGUUCCAGAUCUACUGCAGGAUGUGGAGAACAUGAUACAAGAGAACAGAAAAUGUUUCUACUCGACAUUCAUGUGCCUUCAGGCUCAAACAGAGCUGGAGAAAAACAAACACAAGGCUGAAAUAGAGGAACUUAGAAGAUCUAUGAUGAAAACAGCAGCAGAUGUAACACACCGUGAUGAUGAUAAUGGUGAUAAUGGAGUGAGGAUUGUUCUGCUGGGAAAGACGGGUGUUGGGAAGAGUGCAACAGGAAACACCAUACUGAGAAGAGAAGCUUUCACAUCAACAAUUGCAGCAGGCUCAGUGACCAGAGAGUGUAAGAAAGAAAUAACUGAGAUCAACAGAAGACAGAUUACUGUGAUUGACACUCCAGGCCUGUUUGAUACUGAAGUAGACAAUGAUGAGAUCAGUAAAGAGAUUGUGAAGUGUGUCUCAAUGGCGGCACCCGGUCCGCAUGUGUUUCUACUGGUGGUUCAAUUGGGAAGAUUCACCAAAGAGGAGAAAGAUGCAGUGAAGAUCAUCCAGGAGACAUUUGGUGAUAAAUCCAGAAUGUACACCAUGGUGCUUUUCACCAGAGGAGAUGAUCUGACAGGAAAAAGUGUUGAAGAUUAUUUCAAAGGAAAAGGAAGCUUAGAGAACUUCAUCCAUCAGUGUGGAAAGAGAUACCAUGUGUUCAAUAACAAAGACACUAAAGAUCAGACACAGGUUUUUGAGCUGCUGGAUAAGAUUGACUGUAUGGUGACAGUAAAUGGAGGAAGUUUCUACACUAAUGAGAUGUUCCAGCAGGUGGAGAAGAACAUCAAAGAGGAACAAGAAAGAAUCAUGAAAGAGAAAGAAGAAGAGUUUAAGAGAAAAGAAGAGCAGCUAAGAGACACAUAUAAUGCAGAAAGAGAAGAAUUGAAGAAAGAAAAUGAGAGACAAAGACAAGAGAUGCAGAAUGAACUGAGAAAAAGUGAAGAGGAAUUUAAAAAGAAAGAAGAGGAGAUUAAGAAAGAAACAGAUGAGAAUCUACGAAAAGAGCUGCAGAAAAAGCUGGAGGAGAAACAGAAUGAAUUUGAAGAGGAAAAUAAAAGAAAAGAAAUGGCUUUAGAAGAACAACAACAGAAAUUAAAAUACCUGGAAGAAAAACAUGAGAAAGACAAACAAAAUCUCCAGGAGAAAAUUCAACAGGAAACGAGACAUCAAGCAGAACAGGAAUAUCUGGUAAGACUUGAGACAGAAGUGGCUAAAGCUUUACAAGAAGCUGAAGAAAAACAUAAGGUACAAGUGGCCGAAGCUUUAAAAGAAGCUGAAGAAAAACACAAGACAGAAGUGGCUGAAGCUUUAAAAAACGCUAAAGCAAAACACGAUGCAGAAGUGGCAAAAGCUUUACAAGAUGAAAAUAAACAAAAGACACAAGUGGAUAAAGCUUUAAAAGAUGCCGAAAAAAAAUACAAGGCUGAUGUGGCGAAAGCUUUAAAAGAUGCCGAAGAAAAACACAAGACAAAAGUGAAUAAAGUUUUAGAAGAUGCAGAAGAAAAUGUUCCAUACAGAUCAAAACGUUCUCGUGACUGGAGUCACUAUGUUCCUGUUGUUGGAGGGGCUGUUGGAGGUUUAGUUGGUACUGGUGAAGACUUUGUGCAUUGGAUUAUUAGAAAAACAAAAUCAAGCUUAAACUCAAAAUGAAGGGGGAAUUCAGGUAAAUUGAGACAAAAUAUUAAAUGUAUAACCCAAAAAUAUUAAUUCUCGUCAUUAACUUACACUCAGGGUUCAGCUUUAAAGCUUUUUAAAUUUUUAUAAAGAUAUAGCUUUCGGAUUAUGAUGUUAAUGCUAACUCCAACCCGGAGAGGUCGUUGUAUUGUUAUAUGCUUGGACUAUUUUAGUAUAUCUAUAGAUUUUAUUUUAGGCAAGUCGUGAUGAUUUGAGAAGGCUAAAUUGAUCAAACAUAUAUGUU